AUGAAAGGAAAGCAAACGCGUAGCAGUAACAAGUAUAAAAUUGAUUGGGAAUGGGCUAAAGAAUCCACUGUACAGCAAAUUAAUCAAGAGCAAGUAGAAAAAGUUUAUGGAGUUCAUUUUAAUUCCUGCAGCUUAACCAACGAUAAGACUCAUAGCAAGAGUAAUUGUCGCAGUAACCCAAAUUGCCUAGUGCAUUUAGGGGAAGCGAAUUGGAUAUCCAAUACUGAAGUUGAGUCUGCUGUAUACACGGAGGUCAUUGAGAAUAUUGUCAGGCAAGAUAACCAAUUUCUAGGACUGAGAAAUCUUGGAGCUACCUGCUAUGUUAACUCUUUACUACAGGUUUGGUUUUUCAUCUCUGAUUUUCGAAGCGCUAUUUAUAGCUACCGGAACGAUUUUGUUCGGGAUAAAGUAAUAAAAGUGGAUUUAUUAACCGAUAAAGGAUUUAGUUUAAUGGGGUUGGAUGACAAUGUUGAUAUAGAAAGCCAUUAUUAUGAAAAAAUUAAUAUAAGUAAAAAGAUUAGUGACAGUAUAAAAUCAUCUCAAGCUAUCCAUUCUAGCUCUCAGGGUCGACGAAGUCUGUUAAAUAAUUUAUACGAAAGUGUACCUGAAUUUGUUGGCAAUCAAGAACAAAUCCUGCCUGCACUAGCAUCUAUUUGUGAUUACUUACAACUAAUAUUUGCAUUUCUGCAAUUUAGUAAGCGCCGGUGUGACAGUUGCAAGUUUAUCUCGGAAAGGAAUGCUACCUUUUAUGAACUAGAUUUGACGGUAGCAGGGCACAGUACGUUAGAAAAGAGCUUCGAUGACUUCUUCAAAUUGACUACAGUAUUUGAAAAAUUAAGAUCUAGGCUUAGCGAUAACACAUGCGGUCAUUCUUAUUGCGAUAUUACCAUUCUAUUGCAGAAGGAAAAGUUAAAUGGACCUAAUCAGUACUACUGCGAGGUGUGUCAGAGUAAGCGUGAUGCUUCUCGAUGGAUUGGAGUAGAUUCGCUUCCGCCAGUUUUAAAUAUUCAGCUACUUAGAUUUAUUUAUGAUAGGAAUACCGGCCAAAAGAAAAAGCUUAAAUCUAUAUUACAUUUUCCAGAAGUACUCGAUAUGACCAAGUAUAUAAGACAUGCACCAACAGAUACUUCUUUCAUAUAUGACAUAAAGGCUGUUCUUAUACAUCGCGGCGCUGGUACCCAAUCCGGUCAUUACUUUACACAUAUAAAAGAAGACGAGUCGAAAUCUUGGUAUGUGUUUAACGAUGAGGCGGUAUAUCAGUUAAGUGGGAAAAAAUUACAGAUAGAUGAAGAUUCAAUGGAAUCUGAUGAUCUAAGUCAAUCGAGUAAAAAUCCUAAACCGGUUAAAGCUGGUUAUCACGCAUCUCGCAGCGCCUACAUGUUGGUGUAUACGCGACGCUCUAGUAUAGGAGAAUAUUCUAGCGAUUUAAAAGAGAACGUGAUUUUGCCCAGAAGUAUUGUUAAAAUCAUCAGUGAAGAUAACGUGUCCAUUAAGAACUGGAUCAAUGCAGUUACUGAACAAAUGCUAAGCCAUACAGCUGCGAUAAGCAAUAGAGCGCAAGAGAUAAAUCGAAUUUAUCCUUCUCUGUCAGCUGAUACAGAUCAAACUUACGAAUGGAUUCCAACUGAAUGGCUUUUAGAAUGGCUGCGUAAACAAGAUUUUAAUUCUCCUAUUGAUAAUAAGACAGUUUUGUGUAAUCAUAAGAAAUUAUCACCCGAUUCUGUUUCUAUGGUUAAGAGAAUCAACCAAAUAUAUGCAAAUGAAUUAUACAAGUUAUAUGGUGGAGGCCCCCGUCUAACUAGGGAAGAUAUGUGUAAACAAUGUGUGGAGGAAAAAUAUCGAAGAAUUCAAUUUGAUACAAGAUUGAAUAAUGAUUGGAAAUUUAUUAAAUCUACCAUAACCAAAACGUUACCAACUGGACAAACCGAAUUUUGGAUUGGCAAAGUAUCUCUUAGAAAUUGGAAAGGUUUAACUAUUAAGAAAUUCGAGAAGGAUAUCAGUGAAUCUUCAUUAAAAACGACCACGGAAAAUUCGGAACCGGCCAAGGAAGAUGCCGAAAGUGAUGCUAACCUAGCAGCAGAUAGUGCUACUUAUGAUGAUGAAUUUGAAUUUAAUCAAGAUCUACUAUGUGAAGAACAUGGUAAUUUAACCGCAGAGGAAUCGAAUCGACAGAUAGUUAGUGAAGUAGUCUGGCUCAUGUUAAAAUAUUACUUUCCUGAAGCAGCUAGCUAUCCAGUGGGAACACCCAUUUGUCACCUUUGCGAAGAAAUCGCAAAAGCUAGAGUAGAAGAUGAAGAAACUUUAAGAUUGUAUGCUGCUACUGAAAAGAAGAUUCUAAGUAAAAUAUAUAGUAACAAAUCUAGACCGUCAAUUGAGGAUGAGGGAGAGUUUUACGUUAUACCUUUAAGUUUCGUAAGAAAAUGGCGUAACUUUAUAAGUUACGUUAAUGUGACUACAGAAGAAUGGGUUAAUCUGCUUAAUUUUUAUGGAACUACAAGUGAAACUUGUAAAGAAAUUAAGAUCACGGUUAAAGAUAGAUUAUGUGAAUGUUUUCCGCCAUGUUGCCAAAUCUGUAUUGAUAGCUUAAUAGAAAGAAGAGCAACAGAGAUUAAAACGUACAGAAACGCCAGAAUUUACAUCAGUAAGGAGAAUCCAGAUGAUGAAAAGUGUAUCGGUCCUUCUCAUGAUGAAUGCGAGAAUAUUCAAAAAGAAUCUCGUAAACGUAGCAUUACGACAAUUUCUCCGUUGAGGCGUAGUAAACGAUGUCGCCCCGGUGAAGUUGCAGUUACAAUUUCAUCUGAUGAAACUUUACGCGAUCUAAAGUUGAAGGUUAUGACUGAAUUUCAAGUUGCACCCUUUGAUCAACACCUUCAUUUGAAUGGUUGCGAACUAUUUGAUAAUGACCGUACGUUGGGAAAUUCAGGAAUCUUACCCGAUUGUCGUCUGACGUUGAAAAUAGAUUUGCCUGUAGAAAUAACUGAAGAACCCCGAGGGCAACUUAACGGUUAA